AGCUCAUCACCUCUUUUCACCAACCUCUCCAGGAAGCUGCUGGAAGGGGAGGAGUCUCGCUUCAGUGUGGGAGUUCCAGGAGGUGUGUCCUCUCUGUACAGCCACAGUUUCUCCGCACCCUCCUUCACCCGGCCCGUCCUCACCAGCAUGAGCUCUGGCACCUCCUACCUGAUGACAUCACGCCUGCUCAGCUCCAGCGUCAGCACCACCGAGGGGAUCAUCUCUGCCAGCCAGGCCCAGCAGGCAGAGGCCAGCCCACCAGGGGAAGAGGAGGAAGAGGAGGCAGUGGAGGCUGAGGAGGAGGUGAAGGAGGAAGAGGAGGAGAAGGAAGAAGAGGAGGGAGGAGAGGAGACAAAGGAGGAGGAAGAAGAGAAGGAAGAGGAAGAGGGAGGAGAGGAGGGGGGAGAUGAAGAGAAAGAAGAUGAGGAGGAGGCCAAGGAGGAAGAUGAGGAGGCCAAGGAGGGAGAAGAGGGUGGUGAUGAGGAGCAGCAAACAGAAGAGGUGACAGAGGAGGCCACUGAAGAGGAGGGAGAGAAGGAGGACAAAGGAGGAGAAGAAGAGGAGGCUGAGGUUACAGAAGAAACACAAGAGGAGGUGAAAACAGAAGGUGAUGACAAAGAGGAGGAUGCAAAAGAAGAAGAAAAAGAAGAGAAGGAAGAAGCAAAGAAAAGUGAAGAGAAAGAAGACAAAGCUGAUUCCAAAAAGGACGACAAAGCCGAUGACAAGAAAGACGACAAAGCUGAUGACAAGAAAGACGACAAAGCUGAUGACAAGAAAGACGACAAAGAAGACAAAGAUGACAAAGAUGACAAAGCCGACGACAAAGAUGAGACACCUGCUCCGAAAACAGAUGACAAAGCUGACGCCAAAAAGGAGAAAGAUGAAAUAAAAGCAGCCAAACCUGAAGCUACCGAAGAAAAGAGCACAAAGGAUAAAAAAUAGCAAACUUCAGUCAAGACUGUCCAUUUGCUCAAUAACCUGUAGGGGCAUCUACGCUCUCCUCUGAAAUCUGCUUGUUAACAUGGUGCUCAAUAAAACAGUCCAAUAGCCAUUUACAGCAACAAAUCAAGGUUAACCGCUUGCCAAUAUCCAGAGUAGUCCAUGAAGGUCUGGUUGCACACUCUCUGAUGAGUGUAAUAUGUGUAAUUGCUGAAUUGCUGAAUGCCAAAGUGAGUGUGUGAAUUUUUGGUGGUAAAU